AUGCCAGGCUCGACUACAGACAGUACCGGCCUUGGUUGCCGCCAGAUCAGGCUGGUUCGAAUAGCACAUGUCUACUACACCCACAAAAAUAUCGACCAGGCACGUCAAUUUCUCGAGGACUUUGGCUUCCAUGAGGUCAAACGGGUCGGCAAAGACACCUACUACCGCGGAACCGGCCCCGAACCGUUUGUCUACUGCGCGCGGCAGGGAGAUGAAGACGAUUUCGGUGGUGCGGCCUUUGUGGUGGAAUCCGAACAGGACCUUGAAUAUGCGGCACAGACGCUGCCCAACGCGACCAAGGUCUACGAACUGAGCGAUGCUCCCGGCGGUGGUCGCUGCGUGACCUUCCGCGAUCCAGUCGAUAAUUUCCCCUUCCAUCUCGUCUAUGGUCAGGCUGCAGCGGAGAACGUAACUGCGUUUCCCCAGUUGAAGUUUAACUUUGUAUGUCCCGCUCCCGUGCAUAAAUUAGGUCAUUUCGGCAUGUGCGUUACAAACUUCGCGAAGACCUUUGAAUUCUACACCACCCGAUUCAACUUCGUCCCUAGUGAUCUGGUUUACGACAAGAGUGGAAGAGACAUCACAACGUUUCUCCAUCUCGACCGUGGCUCCGAGCUGGUGGACCAUCACUGUUUCUUCUUUUUCGAAGGCCCCAAGUCGCACGUUCACCACUCGUCGUACGAAACGCACGACUUUGACACGCAAGUUUUGGGGCACGACUGGCUUCGUCGCAAAGGGUAUGAGAACUGCUGGGGAGUUGGUCGUCAUAUCAUGGGUAGUCAGAUCUUUGACUACUGGUUCGAUCCUUCCCGUUUCAUCCUCGAGCAUUACGUGGAUGGGGAUUUGGUGAACGACGCAAACCCUGUCAAUCGUUCCCCUGCGUCACCGGAUAACUUGCAUGUUUGGGGUAGCAUACAGCUACGCUUGAAGAACCUUUUAGUAGGAGGCGGAGUGGGAGGGAUGGAAUCCGCCGAUGUACAUAGCUGCCAGGUUGUACAGUACUGGGAGUACGAGACACGCGUCCUCGACACAUGGGCCCACUACCCUGAUAGAUUCAAAACCCCCUCCAUCAAUUUUUCAGAUAUUAAAUUAGAUUAG